UAUAUUCAUACUUGUUCAGCAGUCAGGAAUUGUGUUACGUUUGGAUCGGAGGAAUUGUCACAGAGAAAUGUCACGACAAGCAAUUAAAGCGAUAAAUUGGACUGCUCUCGCUGAGCGAAUUCCAGAAGCUGAAAAAGCUGCCUUGGCCGCUUUUAAAUCGAAGUCUGAUAAAUAUUUACAACGUAUGAUGGCUAAUCCAGAAGCUCUACCAAAAAUUGAUUGGUCAUAUUAUAAAAAAGUUAUUGUGACUCCGGGUUUAGUAGAUAGAUUUCAAAAAGAAUAUGAAUCUUUAUCAGUGCCAUAUCCAGCUGAUAAUUAUACAGCAGAAAUUGAAGCUGCAAAGAGUGAAGCCGCUAAGAAAAUAGAAAGUUUCAUUCAAGAAGUAAAUGGCAGCAUUGAAGAAAUACAUAAAAAUUUGGAUGAACUAAACAAUGUGAUACCGUUCUCAGAGAUGACUAUGGAAGAGUAUGUUGAUUUGAAACCAGAUGGAUGUAUGCUACCAGAUAAAGUUACAACCUGGCCUCAUGACGAGGAAUCUCAAGAACAUAACUUUAAUAAUGAAGAUUCGAAAGGAAGCAGCAGUGGUCAUUAAAUUUAACUUGAAAUGUAUUAUAGUUCUGUUGUAACAUUCAUCAUAGCUUCUCCAUUGAGCUAUUAACAAUGUAUACUAUUAAACUAUUCAUACAAAAAUUUAGUAAGCUUCUGACACUAAAGUUAUAAAAUAUUAAAUACGUUGAAAGCAUAA